UCAAGCAAACAAAUGUAGAUCUGAUAUGAGCUUGAAGUAUGUAAUUUUUUUAGAUUAUGAGAAUGCCAGUUGACAAAAACAAUAACACAUGACAUUUGCGCAGCGAUUGCAGAUUAACAAAGAGGAGUUGCUCUGUAUAAAGGAAGUGUUUGAGGCAGUGAUAAAGUGACAGGAUUUAGGAAAGCAGGUGGGGACCUCUGCUGAGGAACGACAAGGUGUGUGUUCACGAAGCUUGAAUGAUGUUGCUAUGUUCAAAGCAACUCAAAGUACAAGUGCUCACCUUCAUCACAGGCCUGGUGGAGUGUCUGUUCUUUGCAGGAGUCAUGUUCGGGUGGGCCUCACUUGUGUUCAUCUUCAAGUCGCAGGGGUUCUUUGGCUCUUUUUGUGUCAAUACCACAAACAGUAAUAGCUCGCAGAUCCAAGAUUGCAGGGGGCAGGAUGAACAGUUCUCUCUGGUCUUCACCAUUGCAUCCUUCUUGAAUAAUUUCCUGACAUUCCUAAACGGUGUCAUCUUUGACCGCUUUGGCACCUUGGUGGCUCGGCUCUUUGGAUUAGCUCUUCACACUGGGGGUCUCUUGAUGUUGGCCUUUGCAACUCCAGCUAUGUCCAUGCUGCUUUACCCAGCGCUGUCAUUCAUAGCUGUCGGUGGCAUGAUGCUGCUCCUCACCAACAUGCAGGUGGCAAAUCUGUUCGGUGCUCAUCGUUCCACCAUCAUCACUAUUUACAACGGGGCCUUCGACUCUUCCUCGGGUGUCUUCCUCCUCGUUAAAUUGGUAUUCGAAUCUGGCAUCCCUCUCAGGGCCAGUUUCCUGUUCUUGGCCACCGGCAGCAUCCAUCACAUGUUCAGGACGAUCUUCCUGUUUCCUAAAACCUCAAUCCCGUACCCGCUGCCUGACCACUACAAGUAUGGGACAUCCUGCCGAAGACCAAGGAGGUCCAACGGAGCUGUGCAGACUGACUUCCAAAUGCCAAAUGAUGAGGGGCCACCUGCAGAGGAUUCACCUGUAAAACCUGAGAAAACCUUCCGUGAGUGUGUUCUGUCCAAAUUCUUCUUCUUGGUCCUCCUCUGGUUGUGUGUGAUCCAGCUGAGACAUUACCUGUUCAUUGGCACCCUCAACCCCACGCUGGAGCGUCUGGCUCACGGAGACACAGCAGUUGUGAGCCAGUACAUCAACGCCUUCGCUUUCACUCAGAUGUGCGGACUGCUGGUUGGUCCCAUUAAUGGCUCCAUCCUGGACCGACACAAGCGCAAACCCGAUGUGGCAGGAAUGAGUAAACAAGAAGCAGACCUAAAUUCUGCAGUUCUCUCUUUCUUCCUGACGUCACUGCUGGCGUUGGUGUUCUCAAUUUGCGCUUCCAUCCCAAUGCUGUCCCUUCAGUACUUCACGUUCGUCAUGCAAGUGGUCAGCUACAGCUUCCUGUACGGUGGAAUGGCUGCUUUCAUCGCAGUGGCUUUCCCGCCGUGUCACUUUGGGAAGUUGUACGGCCUCCUCUUCGCUCUCUCAGCAGUGUUCUCCUUACUGCAAUAUGCCUGCUUUGCUGUGGUGGAACAACUUCUGGAUGGAGAUCCUUUAUAUGUGAACAUCGCUCUGACCGUGCUUAUCCUUUUCUCCUUCAGUCAUCCCCUGAAUGUAUUUCUGCACUGCCGAACGCUCGCGUCCAAGCGAGCCAAAGAGAACACAAUCACUAAUACAGUCACUGUUACUUAAGCAGUGUUGAUGCUUUCACUUACCUUGAAAGCAUCCAAUGAUAUGCCUUGUAGAAAAUAAGAUUUUGGUACCACUUUACAACAAGGGUACCCUCAUAAAGGGUUUGGUUCUUGGCUUUAUAAUGCGAUACAGUGCCAUGAAAAAGUAUUGGCCCCCUCGUCAAAUUCUUAGAUAUUUGCAUGUACAACCCCAAUUCCAAUGAAGUUGGGACGUUGUGUUAAACAUAAAUAAAAAGAGAAUACAAUGAUUUGCAAAUCAUGUUCAACCUAUAUUUAAUUGAAUACACUACAAAGAGAAGAUAUUUAAUGUUCAAACUGAUAUUUAAUGUUCAAACUUUAGCAAAUAAUAAUUAACAUUGAAUUUUAUGGCUGCAACACAUUCCCAAAAAAGCUGGGACAGGGUCAUGUUUACCACUGUGUUACAGCACCUUUUCUUUUAACAACAUUCAAUAAAUGUUUGGGAACUGAGGACACUAAUUGUUGAAGCGUUGUAGGUGGAAUUCUUUCCCAUUCUUGCUUGAUCUACAGCUUUAGCUGUUCAACAGUCCGGGGUCUCCGUUGUCGUAUUUUACGCUUCAUAAUGCUAAUGGGAGACAGGUCUGGACUGCAGGCAGGCCAGUCUAGUAGCCGCAUUCCUUUACUACGAAGACACGCUGUUGUAACACAUGCAGAAUGUGGUUUGGCAUUGUCUUGCUGAAAUAAGCA